GCGACAUCCGUUUUAAGGCGUAUACCACUCGUACACAAACUCGUAGCAGAAACAUACGUAUGUGUCUUCAGUGUUUACAACAUAUAUAACACAUACUUACUGUAGUUGGACAAGUGUAGAAAAAUAUUCUACAAUGAUUUGCGAAAUUAUCGGGGUACUUCUGGUCAUAAUCGUUCUUAAAUGGUUCAAAAGGAGAUUCAAGCUUAAAGACAUCCAGGGAAGAUGUGUGUUUAUCACAGGUUGCGAUUCCGGAUUUGGAAAACUACUAGCUUACAGGCUAGAUAUGCUUGGAGUUCACGUCUUUGCGGGAUGUUUUACAACCAAGGCUCUGGAAGACUACCGUAACACAAGCAACACUAUCAAGGUGAUAGCUCUAGAUGUUACCGACGUAAAAAGCAUUGAAAAGGCAUACCAGGUGGUGAGAACAAACCUGCCGGAAAAUACAGGAUUGUGGGCCCUAGUAAACAACGCAGGAACCAUGGGCCAUUUCGGACCAGUCACGUGGUUAUCAGAGGAGGAUUAUCAGCGCCCCCUAUCGGUCAAUCUGUUUGGGAUGAUUCGGAUGGUUCGUGUUUUUCUACCACUUGUAUUGAAAUCUCGAGGGCGAAUUAUCAACAUGACAAGUGGUUCUGGAAAGAUAGCUGCAACGAAUGUUGGCCCGUACACCAUUUCCAAAUUUGCAGCUGAAGCAUAUUCUGAUACUCUCAGGAGAGAGCUUUAUAAAUCUGGCGUGUCAGUGCACAUUAUAGAGCCAGGUUGCUUUAAGACAGGUUUCACCGACAUGCCAGUUAUCACAAAAACUAUUUCAAGCAACUUUGAGAAGCUAGACGACGAAUUGAAGGAUUUCUACGGUUUGGGAUAUGCAGACAAGAUUAACACAGUGUUCAAGGAUACGAUCCAGACAUUCGAGUCACCCAAACUUCACAAAGUCGUCGACGCCUACGAGCACGCAAUAACUGCAAGAUAUCCGCUGAUCAGAUAUGUGGUUGGUUUUGAUUCUAACACCUUGAUAUUUCUAAAUACAUAUUUUCCAGAGUGGAUCAUGGACUUCCUUGCUUAUGCAACCUCUCCAACACCAAAAGGACAAAUAUAGGUAUAUUUGUAUGUAAAAUGUGUUGACAAUGUGAAGUGAUGACAAUAAUAGAAAUAAGUGCAUGGAUAUUACGAAACAACAAUUUCCUUUCCCAUGACUAGCUGAGAUAUAACCAAUUAAGUUACUUAAUUCUAACCAGUUAUUUAUUAUGUUAAAAUAAUCAAGUUUUGAAAUAUUUAAAUAGAAAUAUCUAUAAAACCUGUUUCAUGGAGAAAGAUUGAUUGAUUGAUUGAUUGAUUGAUUGAUAAAUUGAUUGUCUGAUUGAUAACAUUCUUAACGGCCAAUCAACAUAAAUGCUUUAUAAACAAGACACAUGAGCCUUAUCGAACAGAAGUAUACUUAUAAAUGAUGUUUGCUUUAAACUAUUUGAACAAACCUAAUAAGUCAAUGUCAUUGUUUUUAACCAACAUUAUAGUUCUUUGCCCAGUGUCAUGACCGUAUACCUCUUAAUUAUUGAGAGAAAAAAAAAAUUCAAUGGCUUCAACACAGUUGACCUCUGUGACCUUAAAAAUAGAUCAACGAACUAGAUGAACCUGUAUCCCAGCUACUGGAUUAACAAGACGAUAGGCAUCUUGGUUAUUGAUAUAAAGGAAGUCAAAAAUAUAAAAUGUUGUGACAACGGGCAAAAGGCGAUUGCGCUUAGUCACUUCGUCUCAGUUUAGAAUAUUUGUGUAAGGUUUUGUAUUUACUUGGUGAAUAAUUUCAAGUUAUUUUAUGUGAUGUAUUUGUAGAUAAUAAAUUUAUAAUUCAACUCCA